AUGAAGAACCCCACCAGGUUCCAGCGGGAGAUCAAUAUCGCGCAGAAGCUGGACCAUCCCAAUGUAGUCAGGCUCUACGAGACGUUCAAGGACGCUCGGAAGAUAUACUUGGUCAUGGAGCUCUGCACGGGUGGAGAACUCUUCGACCGUAUAGUGGACGAGGCACCAAGCGGGUUUGAUGAGGCACAUGCAGCAAAGUACAUACGGCAGAUUCUGUCUGCGAUUUGCUACCUUCAUGCCCACAGGUUCGCCCAUCGCGACGUGAAGCCGGAGAAUUUCCUCUUCCACGAUCCUUCUGCAGAGUCCCAGCUCAAGAUCAUCGACUUUGGCCUGGCUUGCCAGUUUGAGCCCGGGGUGAAGAUGAGCACUAAGGCGGGCACGGCCUACUACGUCGCCCCGGAGGUCCUCAAAGGAGGCUACGACGAAAAGUGUGAUGUGUGGAGUGCUGGGGUCAUCUCCUUUGUUCUCCUCUGCGGCUUUCCGCCCUUUGCAGGUGACAAAGAUCCGGAGAUCCUAAAGAAGGUGAAGACGGGAACCUUCGAGUUUCGCUCGCCUGAGUGGGAUCCAAUCUCUCAAGGGGCGAAGAACCUCAUAACGCAGAUGCUGACCUUUGAUCCUUCCAUCCGGCCAACUGCCGAAGUCGUGUUGCUCAGUCCGUGGCUCAAGUUCAAGGGCACGCCGAAGCCGGCCCCUCUGAGCAAAGACUUUGUCACGAGGCUGUCUGGGUUCCGUGCCUUCUCAAAGUUGAAGAAGGUUGCACUGACGGCGCUAGCGCAACAGUUGCCAGAUGAGAAGAUAGACGGGCUUCAGAAGACCUUUAGGUCAUUGGACAAGAAUGGUGAUGGGACGCUGUCCGUGGAAGAAAUCCGAGAAGCCAUCGUGCAGCAGGGGCUCAAUCCUCCAAAAGCCUUGGAGGACGACAUCCUACAAGCGAUUGAUUGCAAUGGCUCUGGUAGCUUGGACUACACGGAGUUCCUUGCGGCUACCUUGGACCAGAAAGUCUACAUGCAGCGGGAUGUUUGCUGGGCAGCCUUUCGAAUCUUUGAUCUGGAUGGCGACGGGAAGAUUACGAGAGAGGAGCUCGGCAAGGCGCGCGCACCCCUCUUUCGCAAGACGAGCUUUUUGGCGCGAGCCUGCUGCUCAGAAGGUGAAGUUUGGGACUGCAUAGCCAGCCUCAGCAGUAGUCGCAACUUGAAGCUGGCCGGUUCGUUUGCGACAGGGAAAAUCGAGAAGAUGAUCGAAGAGGUGGACAAGGAUGGCGAUGGAGCCGUGGACUUCGAGGAGUUCUGUGCAAUGAUGUCGACCAAGGCCUCACGUCCGCAAUCUGCAGCAGAAGCGCCGGCUAAGCGGCAGCGUGCGAAGAGCAGCAGAGGUGGCCAGUGCUCAUGA